CGCGGCGAGCGCGGAGAGCGGAGCCCGGAGAGCGAGCGCCGCGGGCUUCACACGCAGGUAUGUCUGACUGCAGUGAUGCUACAGCUCUCGGUACAGCUCAGCCAGCUACAGAAGAAGUCAAGUCUAAAGUUGAGGAGUCUGCCAUGGCUCAAGAGUCUCCCAAAAAUUCUGCAGCGGAAAUUCCAGUAACUAGUAAUGGAGAAGUUGAUGACUCCCAUGAACACGGCUAUACUAGGGACUUAAAGCUUUCGUUACCAUCUGGACUUGGACUCUCAGAAACUCAGAUUACAUCUCAUGGCUUUGACAGUACCAAAGAGGGGGUUCUUGAAGCAGGAGCAUCUCAAGGUUCCUCAGCACCACCUUUGCCGUCUGUUCUGUCUCCCAGCAGGGUUGCAGCUAGUCAGCUGGCUCACCAAGGAGGUGACCUAACUGGCCCUGCAGGUGGCCAAAGAACACGUACAAAAAGUGGACCAGUUAUCCUAGCAGAUGAAAUUAAAAAUCCUGCAAUGGAAAAGUUAGAACUUGUUAGAAAAUGGAGUCUCAACACAUACAAGUGUACUCGGCAAAUUAUAUCUGAGAAGCUAGGCCGUGGCUCAAGAACUGUGGACCUUGAACUUGAAGCUCAGAUUGAUAUAUUAAGAGAUAAUAAGAAAAAAUAUGAAAACAUUCUGAAAUUGGCUCAGACAUUGUCAACGCAGCUUUUCCAGAUGGUGCAUACCCAAAAGCAACUUGGAGAUGCAUUUGCCGACCUGAGUUUGAAAUCUCUAGAACUCCACGAAGAAUUUGGCUAUAAUGCAGAUACCCAGAAGCUGCUGGCCAAAAACGGAGAGACUCUUCUUGGGGCCAUUAAUUUUUUCAUUGCUAGUGUGAACACCUUGGUGAAUAAAACAAUUGAAGAUACACUAAUGACUGUAAAACAGUAUGAAAAUGCCAGGAUUGAAUAUGAUGCAUAUCGCACUGAUUUGGAAGAGUUGAACCUUGGACCACGCGAUGCCAACACUCUGCCAAAAAUUGAGCAGUCCCAGCAUCUGUUCCAAAUACAUAAGGAGAAAUAUGAUAAAAUGCGCAGUGAUGUUUCUGUCAAAUUGAAAUUUCUUGAAGAAAAUAAGGUUAAAGUGCUGCGCAACCAGCUGGUCCUUUUCCACAGUGCCGUUGCUGCCUACUUUGCUGGGAACCAGAAGCAACUUGAACUGACGCUAAAGCAGUUCCACGUCAAGUUGAAAACCCCUGGAGUGGACGCCCCGUCUUGGCUGGAGGAACAGUGAACUCACCUGGGAAGAAGGAGCAGCGUGUUGUUAAACAGCUGAUAGACUAGGUAGAGUUAAGUAGUGCUGGAAGGGUGAGGUGGCCGCUGGUGCAGUGGCUCUUGCACAGAUAGUUUUAUUUCUCUCUUUUCAUACUGUAACAGUGAGCUAUUAAAUUUGAUGGGAAGGUAGGUGAUUUUUAUGUAACGUGAUUUCUAUAAUUCUAAACACAAUAAUUUUCCUUUUUAAGAAAUCCUUUUUGUAUUGUGAGGGCUGAUGGCUAUUUCUGUAGUUUGAAAUAUUUAAUAUAGAUUUGCACUGACAAGAUUAAAAAUUCAAGGUUUUUGGUCCCAGAAAUGAGGGCCAGCUAUAAUUUUCCAAGGGAGGUUUACAUGAUUUGUAUCAAUGUCAGAUAUUUUAUAUAUGAAUAUAUUCAACAUCUUUAAAAAGUUCAUGUUUGUGUAUUAUCGUGAAGAAAAAAGAAGCUAUUUUGCAGAGUAAGUUUUAUGGCGUUCUGUAGCGUCCACAGAAGGACAGCGCAAAUGAAUGAUUGAUUGGCCGGUAGAUUGUUGCAGAUACCUUUUAAAAUUAAUCUGUACCACUGUAAUUUUGUUUAGAUAUUUUUACAGACCCAGGAAUCACACUGUCAAUUUCUAUGAAGUGUUUAAACUCAUGAAUUUGACAGUGGUUAUAGCAAUUUUGAUUUAUAGUGAAGCCUUCUUAAGAGAGGUAGGUGUGGUUUGUUUUUUUUUAACAUGUGAACAUAGAAAUGGAAAUUCUUAGUUGUUUCUAGAGUAAAAAUGUGUAGAUGAAACAGGUAGUCUGGGAGCAGAUUACAUUUUGAUAGAGAAGAAUUUCCAAACCUUGUUCACUGCCUUCCAUGUGUGACUGUACCAGUCAAGCCUUAAAUCACAGAUCGUGCCUUCUCAGACGCAGGAAUUCUUGCCCAACCAUUGUACAUACGUGAAGAACCCCAUGGAGAAAGUUUGCUGUGCCUGGAAUGCUGGCAUUCUUUUUCCUCGUAAAGCCAUGCUUGAGGUGGAUGGCAAAACCAACUUUUGAGUUUUUUGUUUGGUUUCUCUUGAUCCCUUUUGAAGAAUGGGGUAAUGGGAGAAUUUUUCCACUUGGAUAAUGACAAGAUGAUAAAGUUUGUAGAGGUCACAGGAAGAGAGAGGCCAGCACUGUCUCACUUGUGCAGCGCCGCUGGUCCGUGUACUCGGUUGGCCUGCCCACCGUGGGGUUCUUCAGUGAUGUAAUCUUGUUUAAAUGUGAAGUUCCUUGGAAUUUUGUCAGUAUAAAUGAGUAUUUUGAGAGAGAUCACUUUCCAUGUUCAUUUCUAUUGUGUUGAAAUGAAGUACUUAAAAUUACUGUUGUACAUGAGCUGAGACUGUACAAUGCGUUACAUAUGUCCAAAUGCCUUUUAGCUGCUUUUUAUUAAUAUGCCUGUCUUGAAUGCUUAAUACAGUGUAAUGUGAUUGUAAGUCGUGAGCCUGUUUAAACUCAUUCCGCCCUGUGUAUUUGGACCCCGAGAGCCUUAUUGUAUCCUUGCACAGAGCAACUUGUGGUGGUUAUUUACACUCCCCAGAGUGCGGCUCUGGUGUGGGUUCUGUGCUCUUAUUAAAGCGUCUCCUGCAGUG